GAAUGAGAUUCGGCUAGUGAGCAUUUUACCGGGGUCAGCUUCUGAUGUCAUACGGACUCAGCUGACCCAUAUAUGCUUGAAAGAUUCUGGCAAGAGGCGUAGUCGUAAGCUGUCGAUAGAGCAGCUCCGCAUCGCCCUCCCGCCAAAGUGGGUGGCCAGAGAAACAUUGGAUGGGCAUGUCAUGUUUCGAAUGUCUGGCUCAGGCAAUCGAUGGCAAAGAAGUCAUCCCGAUGAAAACGUCGAGAGGUGGAGAUACGAAUCUGACGAAAGCGACCACGAAGUAAUCAAGUCCAGUACCUCUGGUGAUCGGAUUAAUUACGAAGCUCUAUCAUACACAUGGGGCUCUGAACAACACCAACAGUGGCUGUUGAUUGAGGAUGCAAACGAAAUGCCCGACGACAACACAAGCAAGCAGCGCAAGAUUUUGAUCCGAAACAACCUGGCAACGGCUAUGCAGCAUCUAAGACUCCCCGAUAGGCCUAAAAGGCUGUGGAUCGACGCUAUCUGCAUCAAUCAGCAGGAUAAUACCGAAAAGGAUCAUCAGGUAAGACGCAUUGGAACGAUCUUCAAGCACGCCGCGAGAGUGAUUGGCUUUCUUGGCCCCGAGGACCACAACAGUGGAAGAGCGUUUGAGAGCUUGCGUCAACUUGGAGAUCGGGUUGAGAUUCUGACGAGCAAAACACGGGGCUGGACACGAGUGCUCUCUCCAGAAGCAGCCGAGAACUCUAAAUGGCACCUGAGGGAAUCAGAUCUUGGCUUCGACGACGCAACCUGGGGUGCGAUCUUAGAGCUUCUUUCUCGCGACUAUUUUACUCGCGUCUGGAUCGUGCAGGAGUGUCAUCUCGCAAACGCUCGCGCGCUGCUCCAAUGUGGCAACGACAUCAUCUCCCUGUCUCUCUUCCGUCGGGCCGUGAAGUGCUUGCAAGGCAAGCAGUGGCUCCCAUCAGAAAGACUUCGCGAACGGAUUCAUCUCGUGGAAGAGUUGACUAGACCUUCCUCGGGCCGGCCCCUUCGCGCUAUUCUCGACAUCACGAGAAACCGCAAGUGUUCGGAUCCACGCGACAAGGUGUUCGGGGUUCUUGAGUUGGUGCCACCGAGAUUCGCCAACAUGAUAAUGCCGAAUUAUCAUGCACCGGUGGCACAGGUCUACCAAGACACAUUCCUAGCCCAUUUGAGGCACGUUCAUCGAUUUGAACUGUUUGACAGAUGCUAUCGAACGGGGCGAACAAUGGAAAUGCCAUCUUGGGUUCCCGAUUUCAACGGCAGAGUCCCCGUGAAGGAGCGCUGUGCAUCGCAGUUCGCCUCAGGCCAUUCCCAAGCACAUUUCAAUCACACAGAGCCUAACAUACUCAAUAUCUUGGGAGUUCUUGCGGCAACCGUGACUGAAGUGCGGCCGUCAUUCGAAAACAGUUCACUGAGUCCAGCGGACCUUUUGAGUUCAUGGAGAACGGCUCGAGUACAACCAGGGAAGACAGCCAUUGACGAAUCCGGAAUUGAUCAGGCGAUUACACUACGCAUGAACUUGUUCAAAGACCGCUACCCCAAACUUCAAAUGACUACACUUCAGAAAUGGUUGAGUGACGCCUCAUCGUUCGGGGUAUUAGAUGGAGUGCCGACAGGUUCUGCCGUGGAGACGAAUACGGAAUUCCAGCGCUACUUUGGCCGCACUAUUCAACUGUGUGCCGGUCGAGCUUACAUACAUACGCGUGAAGCUCUGCCAGGACUCGCUCCGUUGGACACGAGAACAGGCGAUGUUAUCGUAGUGUUGUUGGGCUGCACUAACCCACUUAUACUCCGACCAGGCUCAAGUGGUCAGUAUACUCUCAUUGGGGAGUGCUUCAUGUACGGUCUCAGUGAUGCAAAUGCAUUACUUGGUCCGUUACCAGAUUCCUGGACUGUUCAGGCCUUUCCUGGAUUUGGUAGAAGACUUGACUUUCGAUUCCUCAACCAAGCCACUGACGAGCUGGUGUUAGAUGAUCCCAGAUUGCCGACGCUUUGCGGAUGGGAAAGAAUAUAUCAUGAGCCAGAAGCAGAUGACCCUGAGAUCUACGCUUUCUUUCGUAACAUAGUGUCCAGCAGCGGGAUCAACUCGGAUCCUAGAAUGGCGCCGGCAGCUUUGAUGGAUAGGGGCGUCAAUCUGAGAUAUUUUGCGAUUUCAUAAGCACAUGCCUUCGCGGGUUGGUUGAGGUCUUGGGGCUGGCCACGACGCCAUCAUUAUCUCAUAGAACCAGAGUAUAGACAGUAGAAAAUCUUUAGC